AAAGUCCCGUUUAUUUAUGUACAACUUUAGUGUUGUUAAAAUGUUAAAAAUCCGGGGCAUUCAUAUGGAAUAUGUUACUUUUGUGCUUGUCUUCUCCUGCCCUAGGAGAAAAAGACUCCGAGGUUCGUUCGCCCCUGGUGUCCAGCCGGUGUUCCUCUGGUGGCCGGCCGGUUGGCCGGCGUAGUGGGACGGUUCGGAAAUGGAAGCAGAUGCACAGAUGAUCUGUAGUGUUAUGGAAGAAGGAGGAGAUGGUGUCGUGCAACCAGCUGCGCUGAACAAAGAGGCGUCUGCACCUAAGGGGCCCUCUUGGGCGUCCAUCAUUGAAGGGGAAAAGUUCCAUGAUGAAGAAUAUCUGAAUGAAGUUGAAAUCCGAGAGGUGGACAACAAUAAGGUGUUGUUCAUCCCCAAAUCACCGCACGAGCAGCUCAAAGCCCCUUUCCGAUUUACAGCUAUUGCAACACUUUCAGGUGGUCGCUCCAGCAACAGGUAAAGGAUUGUUCUUGGUAAGGGCCUCAAAUGAGGCUGAUUUGCAAAUGAUUCUUACUCCUGGUCACUGGAAAGUUGGGGGCAGGUUCUGGUUGCUAAUUGAUGGAGACCUGGCAUGCCGUUGAAACUGGAAUCAUCUAGUAGAGUCUACAUUUGGGUGCGCCUUCCUGAUUUGCCGCCUGAGCUUUGGAGGAAUAGUAUAUUUCAUAGGCUAGCCAGAAUGAUGGGAGCGACGUUCGUCGAAGCCGAUGCUUUCACAAAGGAGGUUGCUAGUCUGGGUUUUGCGCGUGUGCUCCUCGAGGUUCACUAGGUUUUCAUCUAGUGAAUGAAGUCAGAGUCUCGUUUGAAGAAGGGGUCGCCCUGGUGCAAAGUAUUGAGUAUGAGUCAAAGGUGAGAUACUGUCGUAAAUGUGGUGCGACAUCCCACUUCACCUUUGCUUGUGAUGAUUUGAAGCAGUCCCCCAGUACAUAUACUGUUGAUGUAGAAGGUGGGAAGGCUUGGAUGGCUGUUAAAAGCCCCAAACGCCGUUCUUUUUCCCUGAACAAAUCGGCUGGUCCAGCUAAUCAAGCGAACAGAUUUUUAGCACUUCAUAGUGUGCCUGAGAGGGAGGAGGGUGUUAAUGUUGAGGAGGGAGGGACUAGCUCUGCUCCUAUCCCUGAGAGCACGAGGAGAAAAUCAAUGCAAGCCAAUGAGGUCUGUUCGGAAGUCGUGGGACAUAACAGGGUUUGUAGUAAAGAGGCGAAUCCUGCCAUAACAAAAGGGCCGACUAGUGCAAGUAUCCUUCAAGGCCAGCAGAGUGCCGUUUCUAUGGCUAUUGAUGAGACACAUGAUCUCUCAAUCGAUGUUUUGGUGUCUCAUCGGAAAGCUCCAAUGGAGAAGAAACGCCAGUUGAAAAGCAAAUCUACCAGCUCAUUUAAAAAGAGACCCAACAGCCACGCACAGUCAGAGAAGCUCCUCGCUGAUCUAUAUGCCUCUUGCUCUGACGCAAGCUUGAUCCUUCCUCAGUCCACAGAUCACUCUAGCUUCAGUGCCACUGAAGCCAGGGCCUCCCCAGCUUCUGAAGAUCUGGGUGAUAAGGAUAUGAGUUUACCUAUAUACAAAGAAGAGAAGAAAAUCCAAUUGAAUGCUAAGGAUAACAACCCUACCAACGGAAAGCUGGCGGGGUGUAGUAGGGAGAGUAGCGCUCUUGCUGGGAUGCAAUGAGGUUCCUUGCUUGGAACGCU